AUGGUCAAAAUCUUAGCAUUGUUGUUACUCUUACUUCAACUAACCUUUUUCACUACAUUUGCGGAAGAGCUUGAAACCGCUCUUUACAAACCUUAUGGUUUUAAGCCUUCUAUCCCCACUAAGCCUGCCCCUAUAAAGCCUAUUGUCCCUGUUAAGCCAGACCCUGUUAAGUCUCCUGUCAUUGUUAAGCCUCCUGUCCCUGUUACGCCUCCUACCCCCAUUAAGCCUUCUCUUCCUCUUACGCCUCCUGCCCCAAUUUCUCCUCCUACCCCUGUUACCCCUCCUUCCCCUGUUACGCCUCCUACCCCUGUUACGCCUACACCUAUAACACCUCCAUCUCCUGUUACGCCUGCACCCGUUACACCUCUUGCUCCUGUUACACCAACUCCUGUUAAGCCCGCUCCUGUUAAGCCUAGCCCUUUCACACGUAAUCCAGUUUCCUUCCAAAUCCCUGUUAUGCCUGUUCCUGUUACUCCUAUCAUUGUUACCCCUCCUUCCCCUGUUACGCCUUCCACAAUUGAGCCUCCUGUCCCCGUUACGUCGGCCCCAGUUGAGCCCCCUUUCCCUGUUACUCCCUCCCCUGUUGAGUCCCCUCUUCCUGCUACGUUUGCCCCUGCCCCGAGUUACUUACCAUUGUCAUUGCAUCCCACUCAAUUCUCUAGAAGAUUGAUGGCUUUUCAGUCUUAA